GCGCAAAAGCUCACCGAUCUUGUCGGCUUGGGUCCGGGUUUUAUUGGGAACCUCUCAGGCCGACGGGAAGCUUAAAAAUUCAAGGAAUCGACGAGAGACUGAGAAGGGAGAGGGGCGUUGAUUCGACGUCGCCACCCCUCUCCUCGGGGUGAGUGGCAGCUCCUGAGGUCACAGCUUCCGCUGGCGCCAGUGGCCUCGCUCCCUCCCGCUGCCCUUGGUCGUGUUGUGCUUGUCACCGGGCUGCAGCAAUCACGAUGUUUCAGCUUGUACGUGACUACUGGGUUCAUGUAUUGGUUCCCAUGGGAUUUGUCUUUGGCUACUAUCUGGACAAGAGGAGUGACGAAAAGCUAACUGCCUUCCGGAAUAAGAGUAUGCUAUUUCAAAGGGAACUGAGGCCCAAUGAAGAAGUUACUUGGAAGUAAAGCCUGUGGCUAAAUCACAGAAUGUUCACAUUUUAAAAGUUAUUGGAGAAAUAAAAACAUUUAUUAAUUAA